AUGAGGAUCUUAACCACUUUUGCAUCGGUAGCCUUUCUGGCCAUUCUCACUAAUGCACAUCAAACAGAAACUACCGUCGACGUCUUGCAAGACAUUUAUCACAGAUGCACAGAUAGCGAAUCUAUGUUAUUUUGCGUUAAACCGAAAGUGUUAGCUUACAUCACCAAUGCUGUAAAACAAGACAGAUUAACAAUUACGGAGGAUUUAGCAAUAGUUAAAUCCCGUGACGUGCCAGAGCAUAAGGCAGAAGACUUUCCUUCACAAUACGAUGCCGCAGAUCCAUCCAAGAGAAAACUUCUACGAACAAUGAUGCUCGAGAAAUUGGACGCGUACUUGUCAAGCCAUCAGCUUGAAGCUAAACUACCUGAAGCGAUUGUAGAAUCCAGCAUUGUCCCCAGAUCUUUAGUUGACAGCAUGCCUAAGAGUCUUACAAUCCCUCUUAGUGAUUCUUCCAAUGAGCAAGGCCGUGGUUUCGUCAAAAAAGUAAUGAUACCGUUCUUACUUGGUCUCAAGUUCAAAGCUACUGCUUUAGUACCUCUUGCUCUUGGUCUCAUCGCUCUGAAAACGUGGAAAGCGCUGACGUUGGGUCUUCUGUCGUUGGUUCUCAGCGGAGCGAUGAUACUUUUCAAAUUGACGAAACCGAAAAUUGCUUACGAGGUUGUUCAUUACGGACAUCCACCUAUAGAACACCCUCCUCAUUGGGACAAUGCAGCUCACGGACCUUACAGAGCCUAUAGGAAAUAA